AUCCAAAACAUUCAUUACCUAUUGACAUUAUGGGAUCUCAUAUACCAGUAGUUAAGGAAAGGGCAAAAUUAGAAUUAAGAGAUCCUGAAAUAUAUCGUGACAAAGUACCUGAUAAGCGGGCAUAUGGUAACCCUUAUAAAAAUCCCGACAAAUAUAAGAAAGCUGUUCAGCAACGUCGAGCUCCAAAUAUGCCUCCAAAAGAGCGACAAAGAUUAUUAACGGCUCCUACGGGAAUCGUUUUUAAUUGUUUAACCGAGAAAGAGAUUUUACCUUUUAAUAUAGUACCCGGAAGACAAAUAAUUAAACAUACCGAAAGUACACGUAAAUACUUCGUUGCCAAGAAAUCCUUUGGAGGUUGUUCCAGUAGUUAA